UCUCUCACGAACAUCCUGAAGACCGUGAUCCGAAGAUCUUUGAUGGUCUGAAUACUGUGGACGUGGGACAAGAGGCUUGCUGGCCAUUGCUGUCUGUUAUUCUGCACGUUAUACCGACAUCAUGACUGACUCAUCCACGAAUCACCCUAAAAGCCAAACCUCGCCAACGCACAGUUUCCUAUCUUCAAGAUGCUUCACCUAUAAACAUCAAUACCCACAGAAUGCUACGAGACAUUGUAUAUUGCACAUGGCUGACCAUAGAAUGGUGCUACUUUCUCGACGAUGCCGAAGAGAUUUACCGCGACAUACUCGACUUUUUCUACGACUGUUUACUUUGGCUUCAGUGUCGACUCAGUAGUAGACCUGAGCAGAAUAGGAAUGCUCCUUUAUUAUGCCUGCCGUCUGAAAUUGUUCUUCUUAUUGCGGUAAUCCUCCCCCCGGCAUCAAAGGCAGCGUUUGCGUUGAGUUGUCGCGCAAUGCUGAAUACUCUGGGACGAGACUCUUUGCUUUUGAGAAAGAGGGAUAGAGGAAAGCUUCUCCCGGGGCUUGAGCAGCACAGCCCAAAGCACGUUUAUUGUUAUAAAUGCGCUGUCCUUCAUAGGAAAAGGUAUCGACCGGGUGGUUCGCUGCGGAAUAGACGAUGCGAGCGCAAAGUGUCUAUUCCGUUUAUCAGCUCGGGGAUGUCAUUGCCCUUUUCAUGGAUCCGACAGACGCUGAAUCGAUAUGAAUAUGGUCCGAAUCACCGGGUUUGUGGAGGAAUCCCCCGUGGUGCCUGUAUACUCAGUUACAGCGCCCACUGUGAACGAUGGGAGAGUCAUGAAUUCCGCAUCACCGCCAAAGGAGUCAUCCUCAAGCAGACCAGCUCUAUCGAAUUUGACAGGGAGCAUCCUGAGUUCAAACACAAGAAACCCUACCAUGGCCAAGACCAUACAUACCAUCUCUGCCUCCACAUGUCAUGGAACCGCAUCUUCAACGCCCGCCGUCUGAAGAGCAAGACUGGCACCUUUUUCAAGUGCGCGCAGUGCGACACGGAAGCCAUGUAUAAACUGUCCAAACGUUCGAGUGGCUUCGAUUACUUUGAGGUUGCAACGUGGACAUUGCUAGGCCCCUGUCGUGAUCCGUUUGAGGACCGCUGGCUGGCGGUUACGACAAAGGAAGGAAAUCAUCUCUCGCGUCCUUUCUCGGGUUGUCCGGAGGAUUCUAUCAAGCUCGAUUCUGCGUCGGUUCGGGCGUGUUUUGAAUCGAGCCCUCAAUUGCCUUUUUCUUUUUAGUUAUGUCCUAUCACCCUCUCUCCUCCCGAGUUGCUAAAUCCAGCGCUGGCUCUGUCUCGAAUCAUAGCAUCUGCU